CGCUGUUUCUGCUCUGUGAAGUUACAGUGUCGUGAGAAGGAGCAUGUUAGACUGGGCUCUUUACCCCUCUGUAGAGCAGGCUUCUGUGUGGAAUUUACUGAGAUGAUGAUCAAAACGUUCCCUUCUCCCGGCGUGACUUUCCUCCUCCUCAUAGUCAUCCUCCAAGAUGUCAAUAACAGUGGUGCAGAAGACGACUGGGUGACCCUCCCGGAUCAGAACAUCUGUGCUGUAAGAGGAUCAUCAGUGGUCAUGCCCUGCUCAUUCACUCAUCCAUCAGGUUUCACUGCCACUAAAGUGUUCUGGCUGACUGUCAGUCAGUGGACAAAUGAAGCCCCUGAUCUGAAGUCUAAUGGGUCUUACAAGGGCCGUGUGCAGUAUUUAUGGAAAAAUGACACCAACUGUGCCCUGCAACUGAACGGAGUGAAAAAGAAGGACAGCACAAAUUAUUAUGCAAGGAUUGUGACAAAUGAUGAAAAACAGAAAUGGCUAAGCAAAUCUGCAGUUCAGUUGUCAGUUACAGAACUCAGGAUUAAGGAGUCAGGAGUCAGGAUCAAUAAAUCAGAGGUGAUUGAGGGAGGUCAAGUGCAGCUGAACUGUAGCACCACCUGCAGGCCAAAUGGAAAUCACAUAGUGAUAUGGAGAAAGAAUGGACAAGAUGUACCCACUGAACAAACAGCCAACAGUGAACUGAAGCUACUGAAUGUCAGUGUUGAUGAUGGUGGCAACUAUUCCUGUGCACUGAAAGACCACACAGGACUUCCUUCUACACCAGUGGAGAUAACUGUCAUGUUCUCUCCAAAGAACACCUCAGUCUCUAUUCCUACUGAUGUGAUGAUUACCAAGGGCAGUUCAGUGAUUAUGACUUGCAGCAGUGAUGCCAUCCCACCAGUGGAGAACUACACCUGGUUUAAGGUGGAUGAGUCCACUCCAGUAGGAUCAGGACAGCAGUACAGCAUCACUAACAUCAGCUCUGAGGAUGGAGGACAGUACUACUGUGAGGCCAGGAAUAAAUAUGGAGCUGAGAACUCUACUGCUGUGUUAAUCACAGUCACAGUACCCCGUAGGCCUGUCAUGUACAUAGUAGCAGGAGUCUCAGUCUGUGGAGCUGCAGGUCUGAUCUGUUUGCUGGUCUGGAUCAGCAGGACCAGGAAGAGGAGGAGAGAACACAACAAAGAGAGGUCUGCUGGUCCCCCCAGUGCUGAGGCUGCAGGAGGAGCAGAUGAUGAUGGUCACUACCCCAACAUCAACCCCAACGACUUCAGACAGACUACAGGAGCUCAGGAGGAUGACGUCCAGUAUGCCAGUGUCCUGCCCAAAUGCUCCAGACAGACUGCAGGAGCUCAGGGGGACGAUGUCCAGUAUGCCAGUGUCCAGUUCAAAAAGGCCGGAGCUGCACAGGGUGCUCCUGACCAUCCAGAGGGGGAGCUGUCUGUGAUCUACAGCAGUGUUAAAACUAAAUCCUAAAAUUAACCCAGUUGGCAAUCUUGGAGAGAAGAAAAACAUUAAUUUAUGCACAUUUAAGACAUGUUUGAAGGAGGUACAUUUCCCAUUUAUUUUUGAUUAUGAAGGUCAUUCUCAUUAGGAUUAUAUAUUUACUAAAUAGACAGAUCUAUUCCUAGCCGUUUUACAAUCAAUAUUAAGAAAACUUAAACAAGUCCAUUUUGAAAGAUUUAUUAUACUAAUAUCUAAUAUACUUCUAUUUAUUUUGGUAUGGUCUGAUAAAGGCAACACUGCUGAAAUGCACAGUAUAUAGCAAUGUCAAAAUAAGAGCCAUGUGAGAUUAAAGGCUUUUUGAACAUGUAACCCCCCCCACACGAGAGCUUCACACAUUUUUCAAAAAUGUGUUAUGCUUUCAAAAUUGUUUUCCAAGAGGUAAAAACAUUAUAUAUAGUUUUGCCCAGAGUUGCUAGUUUCAUUGCAGACUUUUCCAAAGUCACAGCAACCAUCGGAGUCAUCACAGCACAGUAGCCUACAGUACAUUGCAUUUUUUGUUGCCCCCCCCACCCCACACACACACACACACACACAUACACACACGCACACUCACUCACAUUCUCACAUGGCUGUAUAGCGUGUACACACA